AUGGGUUCAAAUGUGGAAGAGCUCGGCUCUUCUAGUUUCACAAUUAGCGACACACUAUUCUGUUCCCCACUGCGUGGCACGCCCCAGGUGAGUUUGGAGUGUCAAAAAGGUAGUUUAGCUUCUGCCUCAAAUUUUCAGACAUCUACAAUGGGUAUGGAGAGGGCUCCAUUGCCAACAGAUGCCGCUAGGGCCAUUUUAGUGGCAAGGGCGGGUCAACUUGCCAGGCGGCCAAGUAGCAAUGCUACCGACUUACCUCUGCAAGAGAGAUCCGAUUCGAAAAUCAAGCACAGGUGUGCUCAACAAAGAGAAAGUUGCUCUUUUGGUGGGCUCUCUCUUUCACUUUCCACAGAGCCCAAUGUCCAUUCAAGAAACUCCGAAGAAGUUAACAUCCGCCUCAACGGAAAAACUAAGCCCACAAGACUGAGCGUCGAAAUUUUCUCUACUCGCACAGCUACCACACGGCCCGGUAACGGUGCUAUUAUACUGCCACUGACAAGUGGAACACCCGCUUCUAGCUACAAUCUUGGUCGCAUCCUACUGGAAGCAAUUGCCACCCUUCUGGUCUGUUCUUUUGUUUAUUGA